UUUUAAUAAACUCAGAGCAGCAACAGAGCCAACAGCUUCUCCUUAAAAUAAAAGAGCUAUUUGGGAGCACAGCACGGCAAGGAAGCGACCUGUGUGGGUGAGAAGAGGAGAACCUGGGUACCCAGCAAAAAUGUCUGACAAAACCCCCUUCGAAACGGACAUGCUGACGCUCACACGAUUUGUUAUGGAAAAGGGGCGCCGAGUGAAAGGAGCCACAGGGGAGCUGACGCAGCUGCUCAACUCCAUGCUGACAGCCAUAAAGGCCAUUUCCUCUGCAGUCAGGAAGGCAGGUCUUGCGCACAUGUUUGGCAUUGCUGGCACCAUGAAUGUGACUGGUGACGAAGUGAAAAAGCUGGAUGUGUUAUCCAAUUCCCUGGUGAUCAAUAUGCUCCAGUCCUCCUACAGCACCUGCGUCCUGGUCACAGAGGAGAACAAGGAGGCCAUCAUCACCCCCAAAGAAAAGCAGGGGAAAUACGUGGUAUGCUUUGAUCCCCUCGAUGGAUCAUCCAAUAUAGAUUGCUUGGCACCGAUAGGAACAAUAUUUGCUAUCUACAAAAAGGAAACAAACGACGAGCCCUCUGAAAAGGAUGCUUUGCAGCCCGGACGUAAUAUUGUUGCUGCAGGAUAUGCCCUGUAUGGCAGCGCUACCCUGGUGGCCCUCUCCACUGGGCAAGGAGUGGACUGCUUCAUGCUCGAUCCGGCUCUUGGGGAAUUUAUUUUGGUGGAUAAAGAUGUCAAAAUUAAGAAGAAAGGGAAGACUUACAGCCUCAAUGAGGGUUAUGCUAAGUAUUUUGACCCUGCAAUGACAGAAUAUUUACAAAAGAAGAAAUUCCCUGAGGAUGGCAGUUCCCCAUAUGGUGCCAGGUACGUGGGCUCCAUGGUAGCUGAUGUUCACCGUACAUUGAUGUAUGGUGGGAUCUUCAUGUACCCAGCAAAUCAGAAGAGUCCUAAAGGAAAGCUCCGACUCCUCUACGAGUGCAACCCAAUGGCCUUCAUCAUCGAGCAGGCAGGUGGUAUGGCCACUACAGGGACCGAGGCAGUACUGGAUGUGAAACCUGAGGCUCUUCACCAAAGGGUCCCUUUUAUUGUUGGUUCUCCAGACGACGUGCAGGAGUACCUCGCUUGUGUACAGAAACACCAAAAGAGCAGCUAAAGGCAUUUCCACAUCAGACCUUCCGCAUUUGUCUACCUGAAAAGCAGUGCAGCUCAAGGUGGUAGCACUUCAAUACCCUCCUUUCCAUUAAAAUCCCUCUUAAUGAGAACUUGAGAAAUAGUGAGAAUGGCUGGUGAGGAAAAAAGAAUCAGUUUUAUUUCUCCUUGCAAACAAGCACAGAAUAUUUUAACGGUGAUUUCUUCAAGUAAAUGUAGAAACAGCAGCAAUAGCUACUCUACUUUAUAACAUUAACAAAGUGAAUGGAUUGUGUCAGUUCCCUCAUUUCAUCUAAGACGUCUGACACUGCAGUUGCUGGAGUUCUCUGAGGCUGAAGAUUUUCAAUGCCAAUGUUCAUAAUGUCAUUAUCUGGAUUUGCUGCCAGAGGUUUUAUUGCAGGUGCUUUCACUCUUCUCAAGGCUGACAAGAUAAGAAAUCCUGCUCUGUCCGAAAAAAUGUUUUUAAGUUCCAAAUUAUAUUUGUCUUGGGUAACUAAUAAAGAUGGAAAUACAGCAACUUGUUAGGUAAUUUUGGUUCUCAUGUGAAUGGGAAAAUACCUGAUUCCCAGACAGGUAACCUUUAAUGGCAUAAACUGCAAUAAACCAUUGCUCAGAAUGUGACACUCGGAUCAUCCCUACCCCCAUUUAUCCAUAGUCUCCUGGAGCUGAAGAUGAGCUACUGCCACAAAGCAGUUGCUACUUCUCCGAUUUCCUUUAUUUUGAAAAGCACUCAUAUCAGAUUUAAACUCUCCCCUUUAUACAUACCGGUGUUAGCUUCCUAGCUAACUCUAGCAAACUCUAGCACAUUCAUCAUAGUAGAAUCAGCUCCGAAACACUCCUGCAUUUAUUAAACACUGCGAAAAAAAAUAAGAGAAAUGUAUGACUACAUUAAGAGUGUGAAAAUGGAAGUUCAGGUCACUUCAAGAAUAAAGCAUACCAUCACUUCAA